AUGAAAAACGGGAAGGCUGUUCCUUCCACCUGCAAACCGAAAAUUCCGCAGGAUGUAGAAAAUGUACAAAUUGGACUUGUCAAACAAAAUCCUGGCUCAAGUUCUUGCAAGAAGAACAAGUCUUUCAAAUUAAUAAAGAAGCAGAGAGCGUGGCAGGUGGAAGUAAGCAAGGGAUGUCGCGGAGUUUUCAAAGUCACUUAUCAAGAGAAGUUCUGCAACCUGAAAUGCGGCGCCAAUGCCUUUCCGAAAAGGAGAGGCCGCAAAUGUCGGUGUAAGAAAGGCUAUCGCGGAAACCCAAAGACAGGCUGCACAGCUGCCUGCGUGUGUCGUGCAUCCGGAGACCCACAUUACAAAACGUACGACGGGUCGAAAAUUCACUUCAUGGGCGUUUGCAAGUACACGCUGACCAAAACGACCGAGAAGACUCCAUGUGCUUUCAACAUCAUGGUAUCAAAUGAAAGGCGAAACAAUAAAAAGAAAGUGUCCUAUACAAAGCAAGUUGACGUCGAGAUCGGUGGAAGCUACGUGGUGUUGUUCAAAGGCAGAAAAACUGAGGUGAAUGGUACAGGGAUAGAUGUGAGCAAAUCACGCUUCGAGAAAGGUGGUAUUUUACUGACAACAGUUGGACGUCGUUUUGUUAAGCUUAAGUCAGCUUCGUGCGGAGUGACAGUUCUUUGGGAUGGCAAACACUCCGUGGAGGUAACUGCUGAUAGGAGCAAAUACGGCGGAAAGUUGACUGGAAUCUGUGGAGACUGCAACGGAAAGCGGGACGAUUUCCGACUGGCCAACGGAACUAGUGUUUCUCGUUUAAAAGCCAAGGACAAAUACAGAGAGAUCGGGGACAGCUAUCGUGUGGUUGACGCCCAGAAUCCUUUAUCAGCGUGCGGUCCAACACCGGCGUUUUCCAGCUGCACAAAGACGCAGACUGCAAAAUAUAGCAAAACUGAAGCUUGUGGUCUGAUGUCGGACACUUCGGAUCAAAACCCGUUCGGGAAAUGCGUAGAAUGGAUGAAAAAGUCAGAGGAGCCGGACGGAAUCAAUCCGUUCUCAUCAUGUCUCAUUGAUGCCUGCAACAAUGACGGACCUGCACUCAAGAAGAUUGUGUGCUCAGCGCUCGAAGAAUUUGAGGAGCAAUGUGUAGAAAAUGGAUAUGCGCCGCCAGAGAAGAAUGAUUGGAGAAAUAUCACCUCAUGCUCGUUACCCGAGUCUCAAAAGUGCCAAGAAAACGAGGAGUACGUGGAAGAUGGAAGUGGAUGUCCUAACACUUGUCAGUCGCCGAAAUCAGAAGAUACCUGCACCGAUGUCGAUAUCGCCGGUUGCCAAUGCAAGAAAGGUUACGUCAGAGAGGGAGAUAAGUGUGUGCCGUACAGCGAGUGUGGAUGCAUGAUGCAAGGUCGCUAUUAUCCACAAGGAACCUCCAUUCUCUCCAAGAACUGCAAUGUAAAAAUGUCCUGCAAGUUGGUGGGCGGGACACCUGUAGCUGUCAAGGUCGGAAACAGUUGUGGCAAAGGAGAGACAUGCAAAUCCACCAAAGGAAUAGGAAGUUGUCGGAGGAAAGUCUGCAACCUGAAAUGCGGUGCCAAUGCCUUUCCGAAAAGGAGAGGCCGCAAAUGUCGGUGUAAGAAAGGCUAUCGCGGAAACCCAAAGACAGGCUGCACAGCUGCCUGCGUGUGUCGUGCAUCCGGAGACCCACAUUACAAAACGUACGACGGGUCGAAAAUUCACUUCAUGGGCGUUUGCAAGUACACGCUGACCAAAACGACCGAGAAGACUCCAUGUGCUUUCAACAUCAUGGUAUCAAAUGAAAGGCGAAACAAUAAAAAGAAAGUGUCCUAUACAAAGCAAGUUGACGUCGAGCUCGGUGGAAGCUACGUGGUGUUGUUCAAAGGCAGAAAAACUGAGGUGAAUGGUACAGGGAUAGAUGUGAGCAAAUCACGCUUCGAGAAAGGUGGUAUUUUACUGACAACAGUUGGACGUCGUUUUGUUAAGCUUAAGUCAGCUUCGUGCGGAGUGACAGUUCUUUGGGAUGGCAAACACUCCGUGGAGGUAACUGCUGAUAGGAGCAAAUACGGCGGAAAGUUGACUGGAAUCUGUGGAGACUGCAACGGAAAGCGGGACGAUUUCCGACUGGCCAACGGAACUAGUGUUUCUCGUUUAAAAGCCAAGGACAAAUACAGAGAGAUCGGGGACAGCUAUCGUGUGGUUGACGCCCAGAAUCCUUUAUCAGCGUGCGGUCCAACACCGGCGUUUUCCAGCUGCACAAAGACGCAGACUGCAAAAUAUAGCAAACCUGAAGCUUGUGGUCUGAUGUCGGACACUUCGGAUCAAAACCCGUUCGGGAAAUGCGUAGAAUGGAUGAAAAAGUCAGAGGAGCCGGACGGAAUCAAUCCGUUCUCAUCAUGUCUCAUUGAUGCCUGCAACAAUGACGGACCUGCACUCAAGAAGAUUGUGUGCUCAGCGCUCGAAGAAUUUGAGGAGCAAUGUGUAGAAAAUGGAUAUGCGCCGCCAGAGAAGAAUGAUUGGAGAAAUAUCACCUCAUGCUCGUUACCCGAGUCUCAAAAGUGCCAAGAAAACGAGGAGUACGUGGAAGAUGGAAGUGGAUGUCCUAACACUUGUCAGUCGCCGAAAUCAGAAGAUACCUGCACCGAUGUCGAUAUCGCCGGUUGCCAAUGCAAGAAAGGUUACGUCAGAGAGGGAGAUAAGUGUGUGCCGUACAGCGAGUGUGGAUGCAUGAUGCAAGGUCGCUAUUAUCCACAAGGAACCUCCAUUCUCUCCAAGAACUGCAAUGUAAAAAUGUCCUGCAAGUUGGUGGGCGGGACACCUGUAGCUGUCAAGGUCGGAAACAGUUGUGGCAGAGGAGAGACAUGCAAAUCCACCAAAGGAAUAGGAAGUUGUCGGAGGAAAGUCUGCAACCUGAAAUGCGGUGCCAAUGCCUUUCCGAAAAGGAGAGGCCGCAAAUGUAGGUGUAAGAAAGGCUAUCGCGGAAACCCAAAGACAGGCUGCACAGCUGCCUGCGUGUGUCGUGCAUCCGGAGACCCACAUUACAAAACGUACGACGGGUCGAAAAUUCACUUCAUGGGCGUUUGCAAGUACACGCUGACCAAAACGACCGAGAAGACUCCAUGUGCUUUCAACAUCAUGGUAUCAAAUGAAAGGCGAAACAAUAAAAAGAAAGUGUCCUAUACAAAGCAAGUUGACGUCGAGAUCGGUGGAAGCUACGUGGUGUUGUUCAAAGGCAGAAAAACUGAGGUGAAUGGUACAGGGAUAGAUGUGAGCAAAUCACGCUUCGAGAAAGGUGGUAUUUUACUGACAACAGUUGGACGUCGUUUUGUUAAGCUUAAGUCAGCUUCGUGCGGAGUGACAGUUCUUUGGGAUGGCAAACACUCCGUGGAGGUAACUGCUGAUAGGAGCAAAUACGGCGGAAAGUUGACUGGAAUCUGUGGAGACUGCAACGGAAAGCGGGACGAUUUCCGACUGGCCAACGGAACUAGUGUUUCUCGUUUAAAAGCCAAGGACAAAUACAGAGAGAUCGGGGACAGCUAUCGUGUGGUUGACGCCCAGAAUCCUUUAUCAGCGUGCGGUCCAACACCGGCGUUUUCCAGCUGCACAAAGACGCAGACUGCAAAAUAUAGCAAACCUGAAGCUUGUGGUCUGAUGUCGGACACUUCGGAUCAAAACCCGUUCGGGAAAUGCGUAGAAUGGAUGAAAAAGUCAGAGGAGCCGGACGGAAUCAAUCCGUUCUCAUCAUGUCUCAUUGAUGCCUGCAACAAUGACGGACCUGCACUCAAGAAGAUUGUGUGCUCAGCGCUCGAAGAAUUUGAGGAGCAAUGUGUAGAAAAUGGAUAUGCGCCGCCAGAGAAGAAUGAUUGGAGAAAUAUCACCUCAUGCUCGUUACCCGAGUCUCAAAAGUGCCAAGAAAACGAGGAGUACGUGGAAGAUGGAAGUGGAUGUCCUAACACUUGUCAGUCGCCGAAAUCAGAAGAUACCUGCACCGAUGUCGAUAUCGCCGGUUGCCAAUGCAAGAAAGGUUACGUCAGAGAGGGAGAUAAGUGUGUGCCGUACAGCGAGUGUGGAUGCAUGAUGCAAGGUCGCUAUUAUCCACAAGGAACCUCCAUUCUCUCCAAGAACUGCAAUGUAAAAAUGUCCUGCAAGUUGGUGGGCGGGACACCUGUAGCUGUCAAGGUCGGAAACAGUUGUGGCAAAGGAGAGACAUGCAAAUCCACCAAAGGAAUAGGAAGUUGUCGGAGGAAAGUUGUAGAAAAAUGCCAAAGAAAGCAAAGGCAAAUAUCCUGUGCCAGCAGAAUCAAAAACGGGAAGGCUGUUCCUUCCACCUGCAAACCGAAUAUUCCGCAGGAUGUAGAAAAUGUACAAAUUGGACUUGUCAAACAAAAUCCUGGCUCAAGUUCUUGCAAGAAGAACAAGUCUUUCAAAUUAAUAAAGAAGCAGAGAGCGUGGCAGGUGGAAGUAAGCAAGGGAUGUCGCGGAGUUUUCAAAGUCACUUAUCAAGAGAAGUUCUGCAACCUGAAAUGCGGUGCCAAUGCCUUUCCGAAAAGGAGAGGCCGCAAAUGUAGGUGUAAGAAAGGCUAUCGCGGAAACCCAAAGACAGGCUGCACAGCUGCCUGCGUGUGUCGUGCAUCCGGAGACCCACAUUACAAAACGUACGACGGGUCGAAAAUUCACUUCAUGGGCGUUUGCAAGUACACGCUGACCAAAACGACCGAGAAGACUCCAUGUGCUUUCAACAUCAUGGUAUCAAAUGAAAGGCGAAACAAUAAAAAGAAAGUGUCCUAUACAAAGCAAGUUGACGUCGAGAUCGGUGGAAGCUACGUGGUGUUGUUCAAAGGCAGAAAAACUGAGGUGAAUGGUACAGGGAUAGAUGUGAGCAAAUCACGCUUCGAGAAAGGUGGUAUUUUACUGACAACAGUUGGACGUCGUUUUGUUAAGCUUAAGUCAGCUUCGUGCGGAGUGACAGUUCUUUGGGAUGGCAAACACUCCGUGGAGGUAACUGCUGAUAGGAGCAAAUACGGCGGAAAGUUGACUGGAAUCUGUGGAGACUGCAACGGAAAGCGGGACGAUUUCCGACUGGCCAACGGAACUAGUGUUUCUCGUUUAAAAGCCAAGGACAAAUACAGAGAGAUCGGGGACAGCUAUCGUGUGGUUGACGCCCAGAAUCCUUUAUCAGCGUGCGGUCCAACACCGGCGUUUUCCAGCUGCACAAAGACGCAGACUGCAAAAUAUAGCAAACCUGAAGCUUGUGGUCUGAUGUCGGACACUUCGGAUCAAAACCCGUUCGGGAAAUGCGUAGAAUGGAUGAAAAAGUCAGAGGAGCCGGACGGAAUCAAUCCGUUCUCAUCAUGUCUCAUUGAUGCCUGCAACAAUGACGGACCUGCACUCAAGAAGAUUGUGUGCUCAGCGCUCGAAGAAUUUGAGGAGCAAUGUGUAGAAAAUGGAUAUGCGCCGCCAGAGAAGAAUGAUUGGAGAAAUAUCACCUCAUGCUCGUUACCCGAGUCUCAAAAGUGCCAAGAAAACGAGGAGUACGUGGAAGAUGGAAGUGGAUGUCCUAACACUUGUCAGUCGCCGAAAUCAGAAGAUACCUGCACCGAUGUCGAUAUCGCCGGUUGCCAAUGCAAGAAAGGUUACGUCAGAGAGGGAGAUAAGUGUGUGCCGUACAGCGAGUGUGGAUGCAUGAUGCAAGGUCGCUAUUAUCCACAAGGAACCUCCAUUCUCUCCAAGAACUGCAAUGUAAAAAUGUCCUGCAAGUUGGUGGGCGGGACACCUGUAGCUGUCAAGGUCGGAAACAGUUGUGGCAAAGGAGAGACAUGCAAAUCCACCAAAGGAAUAGGAAGUUGUCGGAGGAAAGUCUGCAACCUGAAAUGCGGUGCCAAUGCCUUUCCGAAAAGGAGAGGCCGCAAAUGUCGGUGUAAGAAAGGCUAUCGCGGAAACCCAAAGACAGGCUGCACAGCUGCCUGCGUGUGUCGUGCAUCCGGAGACCCACAUUACAAAACGUACGACGGGUCGAAAAUUCACUUCAUGGGCGUUUGCAAGUACACGCUGACCAAAACGACCGAGAAGACUCCAUGUGCUUUCAACAUCAUGGUAUCAAAUGAAAGGCGAAACAAUAAAAAGAAAGUGUCCUAUACAAAGCAAGUUGACGUCGAGCUCGGUGGAAGCUACGUGGUGUUGUUCAAAGGCAGAAAAACUGAGGUGAAUGGUACAGGGAUAGAUGUGAGCAAAUCACGCUUCGAGAAAGGUGGUAUUUUACUGACAACAGUUGGACGUCGUUUUGUUAAGCUUAAGUCAGCUUCGUGCGGAGUGACAGUUCUUUGGGAUGGCAAACACUCCGUGGAGGUAACUGCUGAUAGGAGCAAAUACGGCGGAAAGUUGACUGGAAUCUGUGGAGACUGCAACGGAAAGCGGGACGAUUUCCGACUGGCCAACGGAACUAGUGUUUCUCGUUUAAAAGCCAAGGACAAAUACAGAGAGAUCGGGGACAGCUAUCGUGUGGUUGACGCCCAGAAUCCUUUAUCAGCGUGCGGUCCAACACCGGCGUUUUCCAGCUGCACAAAGACGCAGACUGCAAAAUAUAGCAAACCUGAAGCUUGUGGUCUGAUGUCGGACACUUCGGAUCAAAACCCGUACGGGAAAUGCGUAGAAUGGAUGAAAAAGUCAGAGGAGCCGGACGGAAUCAAUCCGUUCUCAUCAUGUCUCAUUGAUGCCUGCAACAAUGACGGACCUGCACUCAAGAAGAUUGUGUGCUCAGCGCUCGAAGAAUUUGAGGAGCAAUGUGUAGAAAAUGGAUAUGCGCCGCCAGAGAAGAAUGAUUGGAGAAAUAUCACCUCAUGCUCGUUACCCGAGUCUCAAAAGUGCCAAGAAAACGAGGAGUACGUGGAAGAUGGAAGUGGAUGUCCUAACACUUGUCAGUCGCCGAAAUCAGAAGAUACCUGCACCGAUGUCGAUAUCGCCGGUUGCCAAUGCAAGAAAGGUUACGUCAGAGAGGGAGAUAAGUGUGUGCCGUACAGCGAGUGUGGAUGCAUGAUGCAAGGUCGCUAUUAUCCACAAGGAACCUCCAUUCUCUCCAAGAACUGCAAUGUAAAAAUGUCCUGCAAGUUGGUGGGCGGGACACCUGUAGCUGUCAAGGUCGAAAACAGUUGUGGCAAAGGAGAGACAUGCAAAUCCACCAAAGGAAUAGGAAGUUGUCGGAGGAAAGUCUGCAACCUGAAAUGCGGUGCCAAUGCCUUUCCGAAAAGGAGAGGCCGCAAAUGUCGGUGUAAGAAAGGCUAUCGCGGAAACCCAAAGACAGGCUGCACAGCUGCCUGCGUGUGUCGUGCAUCCGGAGACCCACAUUACAAAACGUACGACGGGUCGAAAAUUCACUUCAUGGGCGUUUGCAAGUACACGCUGACCAAAACGACCGAGAAGACUCCAUGUGCUUUCAACAUCAUGGUAUCAAAUGAAAGGCGAAACAAUAAAAAGAAAGUGUCCUAUACAAAGCAAGUUGACGUCGAGCUCGGUGGAAGCUACGUGGUGUUGUUCAAAGGCAGAAAAACUGAGGUGAAUGGUACAGGGAUAGAUGUGAGCAAAUCACGCUUCGAGAAAGGUGGUAUUUUACUGACAACAGUUGGACGUCGUUUUGUUAAGCUUAAGUCAGCUUCGUGCGGAGUGACAGUUCUUUGGGAUGGCAAACACUCCGUGGAGGUAACUGCUGAUAGGAGCAAAUACGGCGGAAAGUUGACUGGAAUCUGUGGAGACUGCAACGGAAAGCGGGACGAUUUCCGACUGGCCAACGGAACUAGUGUUUCUCGUUUAAAAGCCAAGGACAAAUACAGAGAGAUCGGGGACAGCUAUCGUGUGGUUGACGCCCAGAAUCCUUUAUCAGCGUGCGGUCCAACACCGGCGUUUUCCAGCUGCACAAAGACGCAGACUGCAAAAUAUAGCAAACCUGAAGCUUGUGGUCUGAUGUCGGACACUUCGGAUCAAAACCCGUUCGGGAAAUGCGUAGAAUGGAUGAAAAAGUCAGAGGAGCCGGACGGAAUCAAUCCGUUCUCAUCAUGUCUCAUUGAUGCCUGCAACAAUGACGGACCUGCACUCAAGAAGAUUGUGUGCUCAGCGCUCGAAGAAUUUGAGGAGCAAUGUGUAGAAAAUGGAUAUGCGCCGCCAGAGAAGAAUGAUUGGAGAAAUAUCACCUCAUGCUCGUUACCCGAGUCUCAAAAGUGCCAAGAAAACGAGGAGUACGUGGAAGAUGGAAGUGGAUGUCCUAACACUUGUCAGUCGCCGAAAUCAGAAGAUACCUGCACCGAUGUCGAUAUCGCCGGUUGCCAAUGCAAGAAAGGUUACGUCAGAGAGGGAGAUAAGUGUGUGCCGUACAGCGAGUGUGGAUGCAUGAUGCAAGGUCGCUAUUAUCCACAAGGAACCUCCAUUCUCUCCAAGAACUGCAAUGUAAAAAUGUCCUGCAAGUUGGUGGGCGGGACACCUGUAGCUGUCAAGGUCGGAAACAGUUGUGGCAGAGGAGAGACAUGCAAAUCCACCAAAGGAAUAGGAAGUUGUCGGAGGAAAGUUGUAGAAAAAUGCCAAAGAAAGCAAAGGCAAAUAUCCUGUGCCAGCAGAAUCAAAAACGGGAAGGCUGUUCCUUCCACCUGCAAACCGAAUAUUCCGCAGGAUGUAGAAAAUGUACAAAUUGGACUUGUCAAACAAAAUCCUGGCUCAAGUUCUUGCAAGAAGAACAAGUCUUUCAAAUUAAUAAAGAAGCAGAGAGCGUGGCAGGUGGAAGUAAGCAAGGGAUGUCGCGGAGUUUUCAAAGUCACUUAUCAAGAGAAGUUCUGCAACCUGAAAUGCGGUGCCAAUGCCUUUCCGAAAAGGAGAGGCCGCAAAUGUAGGUGUAAGAAAGGCUAUCGCGGAAACCCAAAGACAGGCUGCACAGCUGCCUGCGUGUGUCGUGCAUCCGGAGACCCACAUUACAAAACGUACGACGGGUCGAAAAUUCACUUCAUGGGCGUUUGCAAGUACACGCUGACCAAAACGACCGAGAAGACUCCAUGUGCUUUCAACAUCAUGGUAUCAAAUGAAAGGCGAAACAAUAAAAAGAAAGUGUCCUAUACAAAGCAAGUUGACGUCGAGAUCGGUGGAAGCUACGUGGUGUUGUUCAAAGGCAGAAAAACUGAGGUGAAUGGUACAGGGAUAGAUGUGAGCAAAUCACGCUUCGAGAAAGGUGGUAUUUUACUGACAACAGUUGGACGUCGUUUUGUUAAGCUUAAGUCAGCUUCGUGCGGAGUGACAGUUCUUUGGGAUGGCAAACACUCCGUGGAGGUAACUGCUGAUAGGAGCAAAUACGGCGGAAAGUUGACUGGAAUCUGUGGAGACUGCAACGGAAAGCGGGACGAUUUCCGACUGGCCAACGGAACUAGUGUUUCUCGUUUAAAAGCCAAGGACAAAUACAGAGAGAUCGGGGACAGCUAUCGUGUGGUUGACGCCCAGAAUCCUUUAUCAGCGUGCGGUCCAACACCGGCGUUUUCCAGCUGCACAAAGACGCAGACUGCAAAAUAUAGCAAACCUGAAGCUUGUGGUCUGAUGUCGGACACUUCGGAUCAAAACCCGUUCGGGAAAUGCGUAGAAUGGAUGAAAAAGUCAGAGGAGCCGGACGGAAUCAAUCCGUUCUCAUCAUGUCUCAUUGAUGCCUGCAACAAUGACGGACCUGCACUCAAGAAGAUUGUGUGCUCAGCGCUCGAAGAAUUUGAGGAGCAAUGUGUAGAAAAUGGAUAUGCGCCGCCAGAGAAGAAUGAUUGGAGAAAUAUCACCUCAUGCUCGUUACCCGAGUCUCAAAAGUGCCAAGAAAACGAGGAGUACGUGGAAGAUGGAAGUGGAUGUCCUAACACUUGUCAGUCGCCGAAAUCAGAAGAUACCUGCACCGAUGUCGAUAUCGCCGGUUGCCAAUGCAAGAAAGGUUACGUCAGAGAGGGAGAUAAGUGUGUGCCGUACAGCGAGUGUGGAUGCAUGAUGCAAGGUCGCUAUUAUCCACAAGGAACCUCCAUUCUCUCCAAGAACUGCAAUGUAAAAAUGUCCUGCAAGUUGGUGGGCGGGACACCUGUAGCUGUCAAGGUCGGAAACAGUUGUGGCAGAGGAGAGACAUGCAAAUCCACCAAAGGAAUAGGAAGUUGUCGGAGGAAAGUCUGCAACCUGAAAUGCGGUGCCAAUGCCUUUCCGAAAAGGAGAGGCCGCAAAUGUAGGUGUAAGAAAGGCUAUCGCGGAAACCCAAAGACAGGCUGCACAGCUGCCUGCGUGUGUCGUGCAUCCGGAGACCCACAUUACAAAACGUACGACGGGUCGAAAAUUCACUUCAUGGGCGUUUGCAAGUACACGCUGACCAAAACGACCGAGAAGACUCCAUGUGCUUUCAACAUCAUGGUAUCAAAUGAAAGGCGAAACAAUAAAAAGAAAGUGUCCUAUACAAAGCAAGUUGACGUCGAGAUCGGUGGAAGCUACGUGGUGUUGUUCAAAGGCAGAAAAACUGAGGUGAAUGGUACAGGGAUAGAUGUGAGCAAAUCACGCUUCGAGAAAGGUGGUAUUUUACUGACAACAGUUGGACGUCGUUUUGUUAAGCUUAAGUCAGCUUCGUGCGGAGUGACAGUUCUUUGGGAUGGCAAACACUCCGUGGAGGUAACUGCUGAUAGGAGCAAAUACGGCGGAAAGUUGACUGGAAUCUGUGGAGACUGCAACGGAAAGCGGGACGAUUUCCGACUGGCCAACGGAACUAGUGUUUCUCGUUUAAAAGCCAAGGACAAAUACAGAGAGAUCGGGGACAGCUAUCGUGUGGUUGACGCCCAGAAUCCUUUAUCAGCGUGCGGUCCAACACCGGCGUUUUCCAGCUGCACAAAGACGCAGACUGCAAAAUAUAGUAAAACUGAAGCUUGUGGUCUGAUGUCGGACACUUCGGAUCAAAACCCGUUCGGGAAAUGCGUAGAAUGGAUGAAAAAGUCAGAGGAGCCGGACGGAAUCAAUCCGUUCUCAUCAUGUCUCAUUGAUGCCUGCAACAAUGACGGACCUGCACUCAAGAAGAUUAUGUGCUCAGCGCUCGAAGAAUUUGAGGAGCAAUGUGUAGAAAAUGGAUAUGCGCCGCCAGAGAAGAAUGAUUGGAGAAAUAUCACCUCAUGCUCGUUACCCGAGUCUCAAAAGUGCCAAGAAAACGAGGAGUACGUGGAAGAUGGAAGUGGAUGUCCUAACACUUGUCAGUCGCCGAAAUCAGAAGAUACCUGCACCGAUGUCGAUAUCGCCGGUUGCCAAUGCAAGAAAGGUUACGUCAGAGAGGGAGAUAAGUGUGUGUCGUACAGCGAGUGUGGAUGCAUGAUGCAAGGUCGCUAUUAUCCACAAGGAACCUCCAUUCUCUCCAAGAACUGCAAUGUAAAAAUGUCCUGCAAGUUGGUGGGCGGGACACCUGUAGCUGUCAAGGUCGGAAACAGUUGUGGCAGAGGAGAGACAUGCAAAUCCACCAAAGGAAUAGGCAGUUGUCGGAGGAAAGUCUGCAACCUGAAAUGCGGUGCCAAUGCCUUUCCGAAAAGGAGAGGCCGCAAAUGUAGGUGUAAGAAAGGCUAUCGCGGAAACCCAAAGACAGGCUGCACAGCUGCCUGCGUGUGUCGUGCAUCCGGAGACCCACAUUACAAAACGUACGACGGGUCGAAAAUUCACUUCAUGGGCGUUUGCAAGUACACGCUGACCAAAACGACCGAGAAGACUCCAUGUGCUUUCAACAUCAUGGUAUCAAAUGAAAGGCGAAACAAUAAAAAGAAAGUGUCCUAUACAAAGCAAGUUGACGUCGAGAUCGGUGGAAGCUACGUGGUGUUGUUCAAAGGCAGAAAAACUGAGGUGAAUGGUACAGGGAUAGAUGUGAGCAAAUCACGCUUCGAGAAAGGUGGUAUUUUACUGACAACAGUUGGACGUCGUUUUGUUAAGCUUAAGUCAGCUUCGUGCGGAGUGACAGUUCUUUGGGAUGGCAAACACUCCGUGGAGGUAACUGCUGAUAGGAGCAAAUACGGCGGAAAGUUGACUGGAAUCUGUGGAGACUGCAACGGAAAGCGGGACGAUUUCCGACUGGCCAACGGAACUAGUGUUUCUCGUUUAAAAGCCAAGGACAAAUACAGAGAGAUCGGGGACAGCUAUCGUGUGGUUGACGCCCAGAAUCCUUUAUCAGCGUGCGGUCCAACACCGGCGUUUUCCAGCUGCACAAAGACGCAGACUGCAAAAUAUAGCAAACCUGAAGCUUGUGGUCUGAUGUCGGACACUUCGGAUCAAAACCCGUUCGGGAAAUGCGUAGAAUGGAUGAAAAAGUCAGAGGAGCCGGACGGAAUCAAUCCGUUCUCAUCAUGUCUCAUUGAUGCCUGCAACAAUGACGGACCUGCACUCAAGAAGAUUGUGUGCUCAGCGCUCGAAGAAUUUGAGGAGCAAUGUGUAGAAAAUGGAUAUGCGCCGCCAGAGAAGAAUGAUUGGAGAAAUAUCACCUCAUGCUCGUUACCCGAGUCUCAAAAGUGCCAAGAAAACGAGGAGUACGUGGAAGAUGGAAGUGGAUGUCCUAACACUUGUCAGUCGCCGAAAUCAGAAGAUACCUGCACCGAUGUCGAUAUCGCCGGUUGCCAAUGCAAGAAAGGUUACGUCAGAGAGGGAGAUAAGUGUGUGCCGUACAGCGAGUGUGGAUGCAUGAUGCAAGGUCGCUAUUAUCCACAAGGAACCUCCAUUCUCUCCAAGAACUGCAAUGUAAAAAUGUCCUGCAAGUUGGUGGGCGGGACACCUGUAGCUGUCAAGGUCGGAAACAGUUGUGGCAGAGGAGAGACAUGCAAAUCCACCAAAGGAAUAGGCAGUUGUCGGAGGAAAGUUGUAGAAAAAUGCCAAAGAAAGCAAAGGCAAAUAUCCUGUGCCAGCAGAAUCAAAAACGGGAAGGCUGUUCCUUCCACCUGCAAACCGAAUAUUCCGCAGGAUGUAGAAAAUGUACAAAUUGGACUUGUCAAACAAAAUCCUGGCUCAAGUUCUUGCAAGAAGAACAAGUCUUUCAAAUUAAUAAAGAAGCAGAGAGCGUGGCAGGUGGAAGUAAGCAAGGGAUGUCGCGGAGUUUUCAAAGUCACUUAUCAAGAGAAGUUCUGCAACCUGAAAUGCGGUGCCAAUGCCUUUCCGAAAAGGAGAGGCCGCAAAUGUAGGUGUAAGAAAGGCUAUCGCGGAAACCCAAAGACAGGCUGCACAGCUGCCUGCGUGUGUCGUGCAUCCGGAGACCCACAUUACAAAACGUACGACGGGUCGAAAAUUCACUUCAUGGGCGUUUGCAAGUACACGCUGACCAAAACGACCGAGAAGACUCCAUGUGCUUUCAACAUCAUGGUAUCAAAUGAAAGGCGAAACAAUAAAAAGAAAGUGUCCUAUACAAAGCAAGUUGACGUCGAGAUCGGUGGAAGCUACGUGGUGUUGUUCAAAGGCAGAAAAACUGAGGUGAAUGGUACAGGGAUAGAUGUGAGCAAAUCACGCUUCGAGAAAGGUGGUAUUUUACUGACAACAGUUGGACGUCGUUUUGUUAAGCUUAAGUCAGCUUCGUGCGGAGUGACAGUUCUUUGGGAUGGCAAACACUCCGUGGAGGUAACUGCUGAUAGGAGCAAAUACGGCGGAAAGUUGACUGGAAUCUGUGGAGACUGCAACGGAAAGCGGGACGAUUUCCGACUGGCCAACGGAACUAGUGUUUCUCGUUUAAAAGCCAAGGACAAAUACAGAGAGAUCGGGGACAGCUAUCGUGUGGUUGACGCCCAGAAUCCUUUAUCAGCGUGCGGUCCAACACCGGCGUUUUCCAGCUGCACAAAGACGCAGACUGCAAAAUAUAGCAAACCUGAAGCUUGUGGUCUGAUGUCGGACACUUCGGAUCAAAACCCGUUCGGGAAAUGCGUAGAAUGGAUGAAAAAGUCAGAGGAGCCGGACGGAAUCAAUCCGUUCUCAUCAUGUCUCAUUGAUGCCUGCAACAAUGACGGACCUGCACUCAAGAAGAUUGUGUGCUCAGCGCUCGAAGAAUUUGAGGAGCAAUGUGUAGAAAAUGGAUAUGCGCCGCCAGAGAAGAAUGAUUGGAGAAAUAUCACCUCAUGCUCGUUACCCGAGUCUCAAAAGUGCCAAGAAAACGAGGAGUACGUGGAAGAUGGAAGUGGAUGUCCUAACACUUGUCAGUCGCCGAAAUCAGAAGAUACCUGCACCGAUGUCGAUAUCGCCGGUUGCCAAUGCAAGAAAGGUUACGUCAGAGAGGGAGAUAAGUGUGUGCCGUACAGCGAGUGUGGAUGCAUGAUGCAAGGUCGCUAUUAUCCACAAGGAACCUCCAUUCUCUCCAAGAACUGCAAUGUAAAAAUGUCCUGCAAGUUGGUGGGCGGGACACCUGUAGCUGUCAAGGUCGGAAACAGUUGUGGCAAAGGAGAGACAUGCAAAUCCACCAAAGGAAUAGGCAGUUGUCGGAGGAAAGUCUGCAACCUGAAAUGCGGUGCCAAUGCCUUUCCGAAAAGGAGAGGCCGCAAAUGUAGGUGUAAGAAAGGCUAUCGCGGAAACCCAAAGACAGGCUGCACAGCUGCCUGCGUGUGUCGUGCAUCCGGAGACCCACAUUACAAAACGUACGACGGGUCGAAAAUUCACUUCAUGGGCGUUUGCAAGUACACGCUGACCAAAACGACCGAGAAGACUCCAUGUGCUUUCAACAUCAUGGUAUCAAAUGAAAGGCGAAACAAUAAAAAGAAAGUGUCCUAUACAAAGCAAGUUGACGUCGAGAUCGGUGGAAGCUACGUGGUGUUGUUCAAAGGCAGAAAAACUGAGGUGAAUGGUACAGGGAUAGAUGUGAGCAAAUCACGCUUCGAGAAAGGUGGUAUUUUACUGACAACAGUUGGACGUCGUUUUGUUAAGCUUAAGUCAGCUUCGUGCGGAGUGACAGUUCUUUGGGAUGGCAAACACUCCGUGGAGGUAACUGCUGAUAGGAGCAAAUACGGCGGAAAGUUGACUGGAAUCUGUGGAGACUGCAACGGAAAGCGGGACGAUUUCCGACUGGCCAACGGAACUAGUGUUUCUCGUUUAAAAGCCAAGGACAAAUACAGAGAGAUCGGGGACAGCUAUCGUGUGGUUGACGCCCAGAAUCCUUUAUCAGCGUGCGGUCCAACACCGGCGUUUUCCAGCUGCACAAAGACGCAGACUGCAAAAUAUAGCAAACCUGAAGCUUGUGGUCUGAUGUCGGACACUUCGGAUCAAAACCCGUUCGGGAAAUGCGUAGAAUGGAUGAAAAAGUCAGAGGAGCCGGACGGAAUCAAUCCGUUCUCAUCAUGUCUCAUUGAUGCCUGCAACAAUGACGGACCUGCACUCAAGAAGAUUGUGUGCUCAGCGCUCGAAGAAUUUGAGGAGCAAUGUGUAGAAAAUGGAUAUGCGCCGCCAGAGAAGAAUGAUUGGAGAAAUAUCACCUCAUGCUCGUUACCCGAGUCUCAAAAGUGCCAAGAAAACGAGGAGUACGUGGAAGAUGGAAGUGGAUGUCCUAACACUUGUCAGUCGCCGAAAUCAGAAGAUACCUGCACCGAUGUCGAUAUCGCCGGUUGCCAAUGCAAGAAAGGUUACGUCAGAGAGGGAGAUAAGUGUGUGCCGUACAGCGAGUGUGGAUGCAUGAUGCAAGGUCGCUAUUAUCCACAAGGAACCUCCAUUCUCUCCAAGAACUGCAAUGUAAAAAUGUCCUGCAAGUUGGUGGGCGGGACACCUGUAGCUGUCAAGGUCGGAAACAGUUGUGGCAGAGGAGAGACAUGCAAAUCCACCAAAGGAAUAGGCAGUUGUCGGAGGAAAGUCUGCAACCUGAAAUGCGGUGCCAAUGCCUUUCCGAAAAGGAGAGGCCGCAAAUGUAGGUGUAAGAAAGGCUAUCGCGGAAACCCAAAGACAGGCUGCACAGCUGCCUGCGUGUGUCGUGCAUCCGGAGACCCACAUUACAAAACGUACGACGGGUCGAAAAUUCACUUCAUGGGCGUUUGCAAGUACACGCUGACCAAAACGACCGAGAAGACUCCAUGUGCUUUCAACAUCAUGGUAUCAAAUGAAAGGCGAAACAAUAAAAAGAAAGUGUCCUAUACAAAGCAAGUUGACGUCGAGAUCGGUGGAAGCUACGUGGUGUUGUUCAAAGGCAGAAAAACUGAGGUGAAUGGUACAGGGAUAGAUGUGAGCAAAUCACGCUUCGAGAAAGGUGGUAUUUUACUGACAACAGUUGGACGUCGUUUUGUUAAGCUUAAGUCAGCUUCGUGCGGAGUGACAGUUCUUUGGGAUGGCAAACACUCCGUGGAGGUAACUGCUGAUAGGAGCAAAUACGGCGGAAAGUUGACUGGAAUCUGUGGAGACUGCAACGGAAAGCGGGACGAUUUCCGACUGGCCAACGGAACUAGUGUUUCUCGUUUAAAAGCCAAGGACAAAUACAGAGAGAUCGGGGACAGCUAUCGUGUGGUUGACGCCCAGAAUCCUUUAUCAGCGUGCGGUCCAACACCGGCGUUUUCCAGCUGCACAAAGACGCAGACUGCAAAAUAUAGCAAACCUGAAGCUUGUGGUCUGAUGUCGGACACUUCGGAUCAAAACCCGUUCGGGAAAUGCGUAGAAUGGAUGAAAAAGUCAGAGGAGCCGGACGGAAUCAAUCCGUUCUCAUCAUGUCUCAUUGAUGCCUGCAACAAUGACGGACCUGCACUCAAGAAGAUUGUGUGCUCAGCGCUCGAAGAAUUUGAGGAGCAAUGUGUAGAAAAUGGAUAUGCGCCGCCAGAGAAGAAUGAUUGGAGAAAUAUCACCUCAUGCUCGUUACCCGAGUCUCAAAAGUGCCAAGAAAACGAGGAGUACGUGGAAGAUGGAAGUGGAUGUCCUAACACUUGUCAGUCGCCGAAAUCAGAAGAUACCUGCACCGAUGUCGAUAUCGCCGGUUGCCAAUGCAAGAAAGGUUACGUCAGAGAGGGAGAUAAGUGUGUGCCGUACAGCGAGUGUGGAUGCAUGAUGCAAGGUCGCUAUUAUCCACAAGGAACCUCCAUUCUCUCCAAGAACUGCAAUGUAAAAAUGUCCUGCAAGUUGGUGGGCGGGACACCUGUAGCUGUCAAGGUCGGAAACAGUUGUGGCAAAGGAGAGACAUGCAAAUCCACCAAAGGAAUAGGCAGUUGUCGGAGGAAAGUUGUAGAAAAAUGCCAAAGAAAGCAAAGGCAAAUAUCCUGUGCCAGCAGAAUCAAAAACGGGAAGGCUGUUCCUUCCACCUGCAAACCGAAUAUUCCGCAGGAUGUAGAAAAUGUACAAAUUGGACUUGUCAAACAAAAUCCUGGCUCAAGUUCUUGCAAGAAGAACAAGUCUUUCAAAUUAAUAAAGAAGCAGAGAGCGUGGCAGGUGGAAGUAAGCAAGGGAUGUCGCGGAGUUUUCAAAGUCACUUAUCAAGAGAAGUUCUGCAACCUGAAAUGCGGUGCCAAUGCCUUUCCGAAAAGGAGAGGCCGCAAAUGUCGGUGUAAGAAAGGCUAUCGCGGAAACCCAAAGACAGGCUGCACAGCUGCCUGCGUGUGUCGUGCAUCCGGAGACCCACAUUACAAAACGUACGACGGGUCGAAAAUUCACUUCAUGGGCGUUUGCAAGUACACGCUGACCAAAACGACCGAGAAGACUCCAUGUGCUUUCAACAUCAUGGUAUCAAAUGAAAGGCGAAACAAUAAAAAGAAAGUGUCCUAUACAAAGCAAGUUGACGUCGAGAUCAGUGGAAGCUACGUGGUGUUGUUCAAAGGCAGAAAAACUGAGGUGAAUGGUACAGGGAUAGAUGUGAGCAAAUCACGCUUCGAGAAAGGUGGUAUUUUACUGACAACAGUUGGACGUCGUUUUGUUAAGCUUAAGUCAGCUUCGUGCGGAGUGACAGUUCUUUGGGAUGGCAAACACUCCGUGGAGGUAACUGCUGAUAGGAGCAAAUACGGCGGAAAGUUGACUGGAAUCUGUGGAGACUGCAACGGAAAGCGGGACGAUUUCCGACUGGCCAACGGAACUAGUGUUUCUCGUUUAAAAGCCAAGGACAAAUACAGAGAGAUCGGGGACAGCUAUCGUGUGGUUGACGCCCAGAAUCCUUUAUCAGCGUGCGGUCCAACACCGGCGUUUUCCAGCUGCACAAAGACGCAGACUGCAAAAUAUAGCAAACCUGAAGCUUGUGGUCUGAUGUCGGACACUUCGGAUCAAAACCCGUUCGGGAAAUGCGUAGAAUGGAUGAAAAAGUCAGAGGAGCCGGACGGAAUCAAUCCGUUCUCAUCAUGUCUCAUUGAUGCCUGCAACAAUGACGGACCUGCACUCAAGAAGAUUGUGUGCUCAGCGCUCGAAGAAUUUGAGGAGCAAUGUGUAGAAAAUGGAUAUGCGCCGCCAGAGAAGAAUGAUUGGAGAAAUAUCACCUCAUGCUCGUUACCCGAGUCUCAAAAGUGCCAAGAAAACGAGGAGUACGUGGAAGAUGGAAGUGGAUGUCCUAACACUUGUCAGUCGCCGAAAUCAGAAGAUACCUGCACCGAUGUCGAUAUCGCCGGUUGCCAAUGCAAGAAAGGUUACGUCAGAGAGGGAGAUAAGUGUGUGCCGUACAGCGAGUGUGGAUGCAUGAUGCAAGGUCGCUAUUAUCCACAAGGAACCUCCAUUCUCUCCAAGAACUGCAAUGUAAAAAUGUCCUGCAAGUUGGUGGGCGGGACACCUGUAGCUGUCAAGGUCGGAAACAGUUGUGGCAGAGGAGAGACAUGCAAAUCCACCAAAGGAAUAGGCAGUUGUCGGAGGAAAGUCUGCAACCUGAAAUGCGGUGCCAAUGCCUUUCCGAAAAGGAGAGGCCGCAAAUGUCGGUGUAAGAAAGGCUAUCGCGGAAACCCAAAGACAGGCUGCACAGCUGCCUGCGUGUGUCGUGCAUCCGGAGACCCACAUUACAAAACGUACGACGGGUCGAAAAUUCACUUCAUGGGCGUUUGCAAGUACACGCUGACCAAAACGACCGAGAAGACUCCAUGUGCUUUCAACAUCAUGGUAUCAAAUGAAAGGCGAAACAAUAAAAAGAAAGUGUCCUAUACAAAGCAAGUUGACGUCGAGAUCGGUGGAAGCUACGUGGUGUUGUUCAAAGGCAGAAAAACUGAGGUGAAUGGUACAGGGAUAGAUGUGAGCAAAUCACGCUUCGAGAAAGGUGGUAUUUUACUGACAACAGUUGGACGUCGUUUUGUUAAGCUUAAGUCAGCUUCGUGCGGAGUGACAGUUCUUUGGGAUGGCAAACACUCCGUGGAGGUAACUGCUGAUAGGAGCAAAUACGGCGGAAAGUUGACUGGAAUCUGUGGAGACUGCAACGGAAAGCGGGACGAUUUCCGACUGGCCAACGGAACUAGUGUUUCUCGUUUAAAAGCCAAGGACAAAUACAUAGAGAUCGGGGACAGCUAUCGUGUGGUUGACGCCCAGAAUCCUUUAUCAGCGUGCGGUCCAACACCGGCGUUUUCCAGCUGCACAAAGACGCAGACUGCAAAAUAUAGCAAACCUGAAGCUUGUGGUCUGAUGUCGGACACUUCGGAUCAAAACCCGUUCGGGAAAUGCGUAGAAUGGAUGAAAAAGUCAGAGGAGCCGGACGGAAUCAAUCCGUUCUCAUCAUGUCUCAUUGAUGCCUGCAACAAUGACGGACCUGCACUCAAGAAGAUUGUGUGCUCAGCGCUCGAAGAAUUUGAGGAGCAAUGUGUAGAAAAUGGAUAUGGGCCGCCAGAGAAGAAUGAUUGGAGAAAUAUCACCUCAUGCUCGUUACCCGAGUCUCAAAAGUGCCAAGAAAACGAGGAGUACGUGGAAGAUGGAAGUGGAUGUCCUAACACUUGUCAGUCGCCGAAAUCAGAAGAUACCUGCACCGAUGUCGAUAUCGCCGGUUGCCAAUGCAAGAAAGGUUACGUCAGAGAGGGAGAUAAGUGUGUGCCGUACAGCGAGUGUGGAUGCAUGAUGCAAGGUCGCUAUUAUCCACAAGGAACCUCCAUUCUCUCCAAGAACUGCAAUGUAAAAAUGUCCUGCAAGUUGGUGGGCGGGACACCUGUAGCUGUCAAGGUCGGAAACAGUUGUGGCAAAGGAGAGACAUGCAAAUCCACCAAAGGAAUAGGCAGUUGUCGGAGGAAAGGUAAAUCUUUCAAAUCACAUCUUAAGGCACAGAUUGAAGUGCAUGUGUGA